AUGGAGUCGUUCAUCAAGAGAAAGCGGAAGGCGACCCCUGCGGAUGAUCCAAAGACAGUCCCACAUGGCCACAUCGAAGUCGCAGACGACGAGGCCACAGAGGUGAAGCUUGCCAUUCUCUCGUCUUUGUACCCCGGUGUCUCACAAGAGGCCCUCCUCGAUAUCUUGCUAGAGCAUGAUGGCUCCGUCGCCGCAGCUUCUGUGUCCCUCUCUGUGCCGAGCGCCAGCAGGUCUCUUCUAUCGUCGUCAUCAUCAUCAUCAUCAAACAAAACUGCAAGUUCAGCAGUGUCGCAGACAUCGCUGAAAAACUUCGCCGCGCCUCAAUCUGUGGAUGGAACUCCAGCGCCCAAGAAGACGAAGCUACUGUCCCGGAAAGGCGCCACGCUGCAUCUCUUUGAUCCUGAUGAUAUAGCAGAGCAUACGCCUUGUUCUAUAAUCCAUAAUUUUCUUCCUUCUGACCUCGCAAAUGGCCUUCUGAUAGAAAUGCUUGAAGAGUCAAAGACGUUCGAGAAAAUCACCUUCAAGCUUUUCGACAAUGUCGUCUCAAGCCCGCACACCUCCUCGUUCUACGUUGACAGCCAUGACGAGAUGCGGAAACAGAAAAUCGAGAAAGCCGUGAACGCAGAGAUCCAGGAACGCAUCAGGACCCGCUGCCCGGGCGGCCUCAAGCUCAAGCACCAAUCCCCAGAGCCCUGGACCCCAAACGCGGCCUUCGUCAACUGCUACAACGGCCCCGGCGAGUCGGUAGGCUGGCACUCGGACCAGCUCACCUACCUUGGUCCCCGCGCUGUGAUCGGGUCGCUCUCGCUCGGUGUGGCGCGCGAGUUCCGUGUGCGGCGAGUCGUGCCCAAGGACGAGGACAGCGGCAGCAGCACCAGCAACGCGAAGAAGGAUGCAGACGGCGACGCCGGGGGCCAGAUCGCCAUCCAUCUCCCGCACAACUCGCUGCUCGUAAUGCACGCCGAGAUGCAGGAGGAGUGGAAGCACAGCAUCGCGCCCGCGCAGGCUAUCGACCCGCACCCCCUCGCCGGCAACAGGCGGAUCAACGUCACCUACCGCGACUACAAGGCAAGCCUGCACCCCAGCCACACGCCAAAGUGCAGGUGCGGUGUUCCGACUGUAUUACGGGUCGUUCAGAAGAAGAAGGAGAACUGGGGCAGGUAUUUCUGGAUGUGCCAUGCUGGGAACGUACCCGGGAAGGACGGGUGCACCUUUUUCCAGUGGGCUGAGUUCGAUGAUGAUGGGAAUCCUAUUUGGCGUGGCAAGGGUGCCGCCAGCCCUCAACGUCCAAAUGACCAGACGGAGAAAUGA